AUGUCUCCGAAGUACACUUUUCUGAAGCUCCCUUCCGUACCGACUGUCCCCGAGGAUUCGCAGUCGCUGAUUGCCGAAGUCUUACGGUUUAGAUUCUCAUUUUAGAGUGAAUAUUGCUAGUUCAAUAAAGUAUUUCUUAUAGGUGUAAUGCGUUCGUUGAUGACACAGUUUACAAGAACGUUGGGCACAUUUUAAAGGAGCCGGAACGGGGAAUUCGCGCAGAAGCAACGCGUCUCGUCAAAAUGCGCUAUAUUGCCGUCGUUUAUCACGCGAUUGGCGACGUGCGGAAACGGGAGGAAUUGAGGAAAUUGGCGGAGAAAAUGGAGAAAUGUAAAGUGCCAAUGAUGAAGAAAGAGCAAGGUUGGCGAUGGAGCGCACUUUCAUUUCCGAGAAUUUCAUUGCAGAUCUCUUUUUUCGGUCACUCUUCCCUUCCGAGUCGAUGCCUGACUUCAAAAAGUGUCUAUACAAGGUGCGGGAGCGUGCAAUUCUGAUAAAAAUGUGUCUAAUUUUGCAGUCUGAUCUUGUUUUGUGCUACUUCCGAAGAGAACUCAAUCAAGGAAAGUUUGAGAACAUUCGGAAAAUACUUUUCGAAAACUACGAGACCGCUAACCUUUACGAUCACAUUCAGUGGUACUUGGAAGUCGUUAAAAAGGAAAAAGUGGCACCAGAAGAAGCGUUUCGUGUUUUUAUGGAAUACACACUUCUCAAGAAUCAUUAUUUCAUGGACGUCAACGAUUUCCUUAACGUUUUGAUGAAAGUGACAGAUUUCUGUUCGGCAAAAGUAACGGAAUGCAGAUUUGACGCCAAGAGAGGACACGUGUCGCCCACUGGAAAAACAUUGAGAAUGAAGAAGACGUACGUUUCCCAAAAAGAUUUAAAUGAGCUGAAGAGGCGGAUUGACGAUUCUGUGAAAAGAACAAGGGAGGGAUUUGUGAAGCCGGCGGAGUACGCGGCGGUGGGCAGGAAAGUGGCAGAGUGGAAGCAGAAGAAGAUAAUCGGUGACGACGGAAACGGAGUUGUGGUGGUGGACGCGCUGAAUUUCGGGCAAGGCGUCGAUCCGAAGGAGUGGCAGAGCAUUUCGCAGAAGUUUAAGCACGUCUUCUUUGCCACGCGUCUUCCUCCGGCGCCGAUUCGCGACAAAGUCUUUAAGAGAUACCAGGGAAACGCCAUGUUCUGCGAUAAACUGUAAGCGCCGAAAUCCAUCGUUUUUCUUUCACAUUCCAAUCGUUCAGUUCUGCCGACGACCUCAUCAUCCUCCGAAUGACACUCGAAUUCGGUCCGAAAACGAGCGUCGUCACCAACGAUUUCUACCGUGAUCAUCGGGACAGCGUCUGCCGCAACGACGCAGAGGUCACGAAGAUCUGGGACGAUUUCCUGAUCGACGCGGUUUAUCGGCACGAGACCGGCCUCAUCGAGCCGAAAAGAGAAUACAACAUUCGAAUCCGUAACGUCAAUGACACGUGGUUCGUUCCAGUGUUCAAUUCUGAAGGAGGAUCCAUGAGAGACGUGAAGGUCUACUGCAUCGAGACGGACAAAAAAUGA